CAUUGUGGGAAAUGUCCGGAGCUAUGAGUUUUCUGUGUAACGUUACUGUUUGAUUUUGACCGUUUACUCUCGUGGCGGAAGUUUACAGUCUCUUGUUCUUUUAUAUAUAUAUAUAUUUUUCAUAAUUUACACAACGUGCUUAAAUAAACAAACCAAUAUUUAGCUACGUGUUGUGUGUUUAGUUUGAUCCGCGUGCUGGGGUUUAACUCGUUGCUAUGGCGACGGCGUGGCGGCGUUCGCGCAGAUCGACGCUCUGCGAAAGCAGAAUUAAUAUUUACAAGAUAAACCCGAGAAACAAACUGACAAACUGCGUCAGCUGACACCCUCGUGUCCGGAUAAGAUGGACAAAAGUCACAGCUCGCUGUGCGAAGAAAGCGUCCCGCCUCGAGCACCUUUAACGGAGAGAAGCGGAGCGCAGCCGCCGCGUGCUGGAGCUUCACUACCGACACCAAAAACAGCAGCGAACACCGUCAAAAAUCAGAUCAGAAUAUACAAAUUAAUACUGUGAGACGUGUUCAAUGCACAGUGAUGUGGUGUUUAUAACUUUAUAACUGUAUAAUAACCUACUAUUGAAUUAAUAAUGUAACAUCUGCUAUAUACAUUUUAGUAGCCUAAGUGUCAUCUGUAAAUCAUGGUAGUAUGAUUAAACAAGACAGAUGCUAAUGUAGGAAAUAAACAACAACAAAACAAUUUAAAGCACUUAAACUGUUUGUCUUUGACAUACUGUGUUGAUUUUCUAUCAGCUGACUGACGGUGUAUAUGUUGGACAAAAUAUUUGCUGAUAAAAUGUCUUUGUAUCUUCAGACGAACAGCAUCCUAGAGAUUGUGAAGAGCCCACGCUGGACCACCGUAAACCCAAACCUAGCAAAAGAUCAGAACUGAGCCCCUACAGCACACUACUGGAAGAUGCAGCGGACGGAGCAGAUCUGUGAGACUGAUGCUGAACAGAUCUGCAGCUCGCACCUCCUGAUGCUGCGACGUCAGUCUACUGACUGUCCCUGCGGCUCAGUGCUAGAGAAUUGUGUUAGCAGCGCGAAAGCUCAUGGGUUUAAUUUCCAGGGAACACACAUACUGGUAAAAAAAUGCAUAGCCUGAAUGCACUGUAAGUCGCAAGGGUCUGCUAAAUGCAUAAAUGUCAGUGAUGGAUACUAUUCGUCUGUUAAGCCCAACAAAGAAUUUGGCUGUUGGAUUUAGUAUUUUCUGAAAAAUAACUGUCAUAUCAAAACACUGUCAAACACAGAUAGUGGAAAACAAACUCCGACCGAUGCCAGCAGAUGCCAUCAGGUAUAAACGUGUUUUUUUCCGUUUUCCUGUACGGUUGACCUUUAGUCAGCUUGAGUCAUAUUUGCUAGAUGGCGCCAGGUAACCAGUAUACAGUCGAGAAACUAAGUGUACAAAAUCUAAUGGAGAUCUGAUGGUUUAUAAUGAUUUCCAAAGAAGUGAAAAAGCACCUACACAGAAAGAAAUCCCCAUCUGCUACAGUUUAACCAUAGUGUUUUCAUUUCAAGUGUACCAGAUUUUUUUUUUUUUACAUUUGCAUAAAUGGAAGACACCACAGUUUCCAUCCAGGUGCUUUUUGGAAACCUGAAGGUUACCUUUUGAUUUGUCUUUAAGCCUACUACGCUGAAAGCUCUCUUGAAUAUCGUUCGGAGCAGUUCUGUCAAGACCAGAGACGAGUGCAUCCACAGCUUCUUUUCAGGAUUUCCAUCUGUUGCUGAUCUUGCAUCUUUCCACGCUUGGCAGUGAAGAGCUGCAGACACCUGCAGACACAAAUCAGUUUAAGAGAUCUGCAGAUUUGGGCACAUUCUGCUACAGAAUAAACAGUCGACCGUUUGCCGCUCCGCUGGAUGCACAGGCAGCCCGUCCAGUGUCCAAGAUGCCCAAAUCUAAACACCCUCAUACUGAAAGAGAACCUGCUUUAAUCAGGGUCAGUAUUCCUCGCUCAACUCUGCAGCCAGCGUACUAAUACAAAGGCCAUCGCCGCUGCAGUUUUGAUCCCUCUGACAACCUGGGUUUGUCCUCACACUGUUUGUCCAGAUGGUCCAAUCCCAUCCUGAAGUCUGACUUUGACCAUGAACUGAGUUUUACAAUUCUACACGUCAAGGUUAUUGGUUAUAACGGAUGUUACCUGGAAUCCAGACAGGGAAUCUCGAGAUGUGAACGCUGCACUGAAGAAUGUUCUGAGAAAAAAAAUGAGAUGGAAGUUACUCCAUGCACUCAGGACAGCAAUAGAUCGUGCUUCUGUAAACCAGGUUUUUACUGUACAAGAGGAAACAAUUAUGUCACACACUGCCAUAAACCAUGUGUUCCCUGUGGGAAGGGCACAUUCUCCAGCAAACCCUCUCUGGAUGCCUGCAAGCUUCAUACAAAUUGUGCUCAGUUGGGGUUGUUAAUGCGCAAAAAGGGCACAGCGACACAGGACACAGAGUGUGUGACUAUCACCACAGUGAUGUCAUCCUUGUCCACUUUGUCCACUACCACCAAUACCAUUACUACAUUCCCUAUCACUAACACUUCCAUCUCCGGGACAGGGGUCACUGCACCACGCAUAGACACUUCAGAGGAAAGCCAGUACCAUUGGCUGCUGCUAUUGAUCUUAAUGUUGAUAAUAUUGUUCAUGGCUGGAUCCUGUAUGCUGAUGAAAAAUGUGGCAAAGAAAACCUUUUUAAAAUGGCCUGGUUUAAUAAACGGAGGACAUGAAGAUCAUCAACACCGGAGUCAAACUGCAGGUGACCAUCAAAUUUCGUCCAAUACCCAACCCCACACCUUGGAGACUGAGAUACCUCUCGCUAGUAGUGGCAGAGAGGUCAAAGGUCAGAGCACGGGGCUGAUGCCCCAACCUGGGGCUGUGCAGCAGGUCACUAUGGAGCACAAUGGGAAGGGUGAGAACGUCAACAAUACUGUUGGGUCCAUCUACAUCUAUUCUCCUGGAAUGGUGAUUUUGGGAUCCAACUCGGGUGAUAAAAAGGAAGAGGCAGGAGUUUGCGAAGAAGUCGUUCCCCUCAUCAACAGACCACAGCAAGAGUCAAAUCCACCUUCGCAAGAGGUCAGAAUUAGAAUAAGCUCACAGGAAGAGGCCGAGGAGGACCUGACCUUGAGUUUUCCUGUGCCGGCAACUGGAAAGUGAGAACUUCAUGAUGGCCUUUAGGACGAUUCCAGGUGGAAAGGCUGAAAAUCCCAAGUGGUCAUAUAUAAGAUUCCUGGUAAAACAUGGCAUCAGCAAUGGCCAAGUCAUGGUUACAGUUCCAGGGAAACAUGCACGCUGGCAAAAUGUACAGGUUACCUUGAUUGCACUGUAUGUCGAAUACGGAAUGUGUGCAAGAUGGAAAACGCUGUGUAAUGACACUUGCUUUCUUGCACAUCAAGGAAAAGAUUUAUGCUUAAUUUAAGUUGGUCAAUAUUUAGAAUUGCACGUCUGAAUUGCUGCUGCCUGCAAAAAUGGGACAGACACAUGUAUAAAGACUGUAAACCGGAGGUACAGAUAAAGGGGUGAGAAAAACGCCCUCAAAGGCGUUAUGAGUUUUCAAAAUGAAUAGCCUAUAAGACAGAGGCAGCACAAGUGAAAUGCACAUGAUGUGUAUGAAUUGUUUUAUUGUUUAAGCGACUGGUCGAGAAGCUGAUAACUGCAUCUGUAUGUUUAUAAUCAGACUUUUGUUCUACUAUGUGGGUGUUUCAUAUUCAUGUCUAAAAAUACCCAACCUCACCUUCGGAAAGAAGGUGUCUGAUUUGACUGUUGUAGGAGGUCUGGUCGGGAGGGACAGACUGUGUUUGCGCUGCAACCUUUACAGCACAUGUUCAGAAUGACAUUUCUUCAUUCUUCUCACAUCCUCCAUUCACUUGAGCUUUGCAGUGUACAUGAAUGUUUGAUUAUAACAUUUGUAAAUGAAUGUGUUCUGAUUCUUCAUUUAUAUCAAGUCAAUAAAGUCCAUUCCUUCAACAAUUU